AUGCCUGGUAGUGCUUCUGCCGCAUUCAAGGUAGCGCGCCCAAUACUUUCGAAAACACCAGAAGAGGCCAAGAGGCGCGUUAUGAACCUCUAUCGGGCUUGGUAUCGUCAGUUGCCCUACAUAGUGAAGGAAUACGGCUACACAACUGUGUCUGCAACUGUACCCCAAUUGCGUCAAAAACUUAGGGAGGAAUUCCUCAAGAACAAAGAUGUAAAGGAUAUUAGAGUGAUUGAUCUUCUCGUUCAUCGCGGUCAAAAUGACCUCAUCGAGACGGCUCAUAUAUGGCGCUCGGAUACACACGUGAUGGAUGCUUUUCAUCAGACAGCUAUCGAGAAACCCACUGAUUUUCUUAGCAAAUUCCUUCGUGGGCAAUAG